AUUUAAUGUUUUAAUUUUAUUAACAUAAUAAAGCUAUGAGCCAUUAGUGAAAGUGUAAAAAAGGGAAAUAAAAUGAAUUUAAAAAUAUUUUUUUUUAUUAGCGCAAAUGUUCUCAUACACUUUGUAAUGGGUGAACAAGAAUGUCCCACCGGAUGUCAAGGUGCUAAAGGUGAUCUUGGUUUGAAUGGUAAUGGACCUCCUGGACAUAGUGGUUUGCCUGGUAAUGUAGAAUUUCGUUUUAUUAAAGGUGAUCGUGGUUUUUCUGGACCCAUUGGACCAAAAGGUGAUGUUGCUCUUCCUGGUCCUCCUGGCCCUCCCGGUGAGAUACCACACUUAACCGACGAGGAAAAACAAACUAUGAUCUUAAAGGCCUACGAGAAUUUCACGAUUUCUUGCAAGCAUUCAACAAUAGCUAAUGGCCAAAAAUUAUCACCCGCCAAAACAUGCCGUGAUCUCUUUGCAAACUACCCUGACUACAACUCUGGCGAAUAUUGGAUUGAUCCCAACGAAGCUGAUCCAACUGAUGCAAUAUACGUAUUUUGUGAAAAGAAAAGACGAGCCACCUGUAUCAGGCCAGAGCCCAGUGAAUCUAAUGUAUUAACUUACAAUGGAACUGAAAAGGAAGUGUGGUUAAGCGAUAUGUUUUUAGGCAUGAAGAUACAUUAUAAUAUUGAUUCCAAUCAAAUGCGAUUCCUGCAGCUAUUGUCAUCAAAUGCAACACAAGAAAUAGUAUUCUUUUGCAAAAACACAGUGGCCUACGGCCGUAAUAAAUUGAACUAUUCAAGAAAGGGUUUGAAAUUAUUAACCUGGAAUGAUGCCGAAUUAAAGCCCGAGGGUUCCCGACUCCUAAGAUAUAAAGUCAAAUUGGACGAUUGUCGUACACUUUCCGGCAAUUGGGAAAUAACUAUUAUUAACUACAUCACCGACAAAACUCAACGAUUGCCUAUUGUCGAUAUAGCGAUACGUGAUGUGGGCCAGUUAAAUCAACAAUUCCGAAUUUUUAUGGAGCCAGCAUGUUUCUAUUAGAGUUUAUUUUUUCAGCUGAUCUAAACAAAAUGCUUAAAUAAUUGUUAUAUUUAAAUAAAAUUAAAUCUAAGCUGCUUGAA